AUGAUGAUGUAUGGCGAUAGCGCGCUAGAAGUUGAGUUAGAAGACCUGACUGACGAGUUUGCGGCAGAAUGCGCUGCAAGUGCCAUAAACCACCAUCAUGAACCUUAUUCUGGAGAUAUGCAGGUGGCGGGUUUGUCGUACGUAGAUCCUCAGCCAAUGGAUAUGGCUUUAGACAACUCCUACGGCUAUAUUGACCAAAUGGGUUCAGGAAUGUAUAUACAUGACAAUAAUUACUCGGGGCUUCAAUCAAAUCAAAUGGAAAAUAGCAUGGAUCAUCAAAAGUAUAACUAUGAUAAUUCUAUCGUGAUGUGCUCACAACCCCAGCAGGGUUACAUGAUGCCGAAUAAUGUGGAUAAUAUGAAUAUAGAUGGCAUGAGCAAUAUGAACAACAUCAACAUGAACAGUAUGAACUCUACUAGCUACGAGCCUUAUAUGCCCGAAAAUCCCCCGCAUGUCAUUCAGAAGAUCCAAUUAGUCUCAUACCCACAGCACGCAAUAGAUGCUCAGAAGAAAAAUGUUUUUAAAAGAGUUUCGAUUCCAUCUGCCCCUUCUCAAGUUGUAUAUGUACAGCCUAAGCCAGGAUUACCUCCGAAGCAGGUUCGCCUGAUUCCUCGAUCACAAAACGUUUCAUCUCAUAUGGGUAACAAUAUGUACAAAAACUCUUAUCAAAGAAUCCAUUCCCCCGAGACUGAAGUCUUAACCUCAACACCUGAGGCAAUCUCGAGAAUGGUUGAUCACGGCGACUAUGUUCGUCCUUCUCAUCACAUUCAGCCUUCCACAUCAUUGAAUACGUUUGAGCAGCCUGUGUACAGAUUUUAUAGUAAUCACAAUACUGUUCCUCAAAGUGGAUCUGCUCAUUGUGCAGCAGUUAAUAUCCCGAAUGUUGCUAGCAAUGCUAUUUCAUCCAAUAAUAGUGUGAAGCCCCUUAACUUGACAAUCCCCAAGAAGAAAAAGCCCGAGAAUGUGGCGUUGAGUGCCACCGAAUUAGCACAAGCAGCUGCACUUCAACGAAUUGGAACUGAGGAAGGUUGGAAGCAAAUGAAUAAUUGGCUUAAACAAGCCGAAAAAGAGAAAAAAAAUGUUCACCUUAAGGAUCUGCUUCGUCAAUGUCUACAGGCUAAGGUAUCUGUUGACCUGCUGAUGUCAAACGAUACUCCAAAGUUUGUAAGGAGGUUAUCGAAGGAACAUUCGGAUUCGGAUAUUAAAAAGUUGGCAAGUAAUUGUGUAAGUAAAUGGAAACAAGAAGUAGCCAAUCCAGAAGUUCCUAAGAAAGAGAAGAAAAAGAAAGUUGUCCCUGUUGUUCAAGAAUACGAUGAUAAUGAUGAUGACAAGCUUGAUGAGAGUAUGGCCAGCCCUAUGAAGAACGAAAGAAAAACCGAGAAGCGAAGGUCUUCUGAUUCCGACGAUGGUAAAUUGAAGAAUAAAGAAAAGAAAAACAAAGUCAAAGCCAAGGUUUAUACUGCGAAAUCACGUUUAACAGGAUUAGAAGAGCCUGAUGAUGCAAAGCCACCAGAGGCAAAAAGAAAGCGAGACAGUACGGAUGCUGUCAAGAAAGUAGAAGAAGUGAAACCUAAAAAGGCUGCCCCUGUAGUCAAAAAAGUUUCUGCUACCCUCUCUAGUGGGUUUAUGGAUGCUCUCUCUGUUAGUUCUGAACCUAAGAAGAGAGUUGUACCAAAGAAAAAGACUCCAGCACCAGUGGAGAAAAAGGAACAAUAUGAUCCGUCAGCUACACCUACCGUUCUCGAUGGUAUUUUUGACCAACCCAAACUAGCUGAUACCGCCAAGCCGAGUAAACCUGUAGCAUCUUCUCCUCCUAUGCCUGUUGCUUCUGCUCCUCCAGUUUCAACAUUUAUCGACACAGAUGAGCCGGAUUUCGUCCCGGCUGCUCGUAGGAAAAUUCGUUUUGCUGAUGAGAUCGGCAAAGAGUUAGUUCUUAUUAAAGAAUUUGAAAUCGAAGAAGGAGAACGAAUUAAUGUCAACCAUAUGACACCUGAAGAUAUGAGGCAGCAUGAACUGGUUAUGGAGAGAAGAUACAAAGGAGAGCAAAAAAUUGAGGAAGAUGAAGAGGAGAAGGAAAAAAACAAUAUUAGAUGGAGAUUAAUAAGAGUAGAUGGUACUUUCACAGAUUUUGUUCGUGGAGCCAAAAGUGAAGCCAAGCUUAUAGAAGAAGAGAGACAAAGACAUGCUAUGAGAGCUUUCAACGAUCCCAGCAUGCCUUCUGAAAUAACUGAGAUAGAUCUUGAAGAUUUCGAUCCUAUUGCCGCUUCAAGACAUAUUCCUAAAAUUAUACCAUUGGAAUUGGAAGAACCACAGAAACCUCCAGCACAAGCUAGCGUUCCGGUUGCAUCAGCUGCUGCAGCCGCUGCUGCAAAGGCUGUUUUACCUGAUAAUCUUCAGAACCUAUUAGACGGUUUAAAGAAAAAGGGUAUAGUAGGUGAAGGGCCAACUAAUUCUUUUGCCGCACUUGUACCGCCUUUUGGGCUUAUGCCUAACUCCAACACUAGUAGUGCUCCUUCUCAUGUACCCCCACCUAAACCUAUAAGCACAAUAUCUCAAGGAAUGAUGAGACCACAAAGCUCUCAGCCAAUACAGUCUUUCCCACCAUCUCACUCUUCUUACGGACAACAUAAUAUGCAUCCACCACAUAAUGCUCCAAAUCAUCAGGGACCUCCACAUCACUUGCCACAACAACCUUCCGUAUCACAAUCCCGAAAUCCACAUUCACAUAUUGAUAAUUCUCCCGCGAUGCCAGCCACGCCGGUUCAACGGAUGCCUAUUAUCCCUGGUGGAAAUACAAAUCACAAUCAUGGGCCGCCAGCUCGUCCUUGUCAGUUUUUCAAAUCUCCCCGUGGAUGUCAUUUCGGAAAUAGAUGUAAAUUUGCUCAUGGUGAUCGUGAUCGUGAUCACUCUUCAGGGAACUCAUAUGGCGGAAACAGUCGAAGUGGAUACUAUCAACAAAGAGGCUCAGGAUACUCUAAUCGUGGAAUUAGGAACGGACCAGUUUAUUCUAAUCCGCGUCAUCAUCAUAACGAUUAUGAUCAUCAUAGGUACGAACAUCACCGAGAUUCUCAUUCCCCACCUAACAGUCAUAUCCGAUCACCCGAUCAUAUCCAGUCCCCUCUUCAAUCUCCAAAUUCGUUUUCAAAGUAUGACUCAAUCACUCGAAUACCAUCAGAGCCUGUGGAUAGUAGGAUAGAGAGCCCAACUAGUCCCACAUGA